UCCGAAACGUUUUCAUUUAGUGAUGAUGAGAACGAAGCUCCUUCGUCUGUGAUUCCAAUUUCUUUCCGAUAUUCUCUAUUUCCUCGAUUCAAUUUUUAGUUUUGAUUAUACCCUUUUGUCAGCUCAGAGAUUCAAUCAUCUUUAUUUGGAAUAGUGAAAAUGGGUAUGUAAGAACUUCCGAUUUUAUUCUGAUUCCGGUUUCCAGGCUGAAAAUUGAGCCUCUGGUUAACUUCAAAGGUCUUCUCUUGCUAGAGCUUUCUCUGGUGUUGAUUUCGACCAGAAUCAAAGUUGUAUGAUAUGGACAGAAUCAGUGGGCUGCCUGAUGAAUUGCUGGAGAAGAUAUUGUCGUUUGUUCCAACACAAGUUGCUGUAUCCACUAGCAUCUUGUCUAAGCGUUGGAAGUUUCUCUGGAUGUCGUUGCCUAAACUUGAGUACGAUGAUACAUGUAACCGUUAUCCAGAGUCUGCACUUGAGGAAUUUAUUGACAAGAAUCUGCCAUUACAUAGAGCUCCGGUCAUAGAAAGCUUGAGUCUCCAUUUUGGUGGUGAUUCAAAUGUUGAACCUGAAGAUAUCAAACGGUGGGUUGAGAUUGCAGUUUCUCGCAAUGUACGUGAGCUGGAUAUAUCUUAUUCUCAUUCAGAGAAAGAAAUCAUAUUCCCGAGCAGCUUUUAUACCUGCAAAUCGCUUGUGGUCCUGAAACUCAGAUACGUGACUCUCAUGGAUGUUCCCUCGACGGCUUGUCUUCCCUCUUUGAAAACCUUGAAGCUUGAAAGUGUUACACACCCUAAUCAAGAAUCUCUUCAACAGCUUCUAUCUGUAUGUCCUGUUCUUGAAGAACUAUCGAUGCAUUUUGAUGGUGAUCACGAUGGAGUGUUCACUGUUAUUGUCCCGUCUUUACAGAGGUUAUCACUCUAUAUAGCUCAUGAUUUGUUUUUGGAAGGGUAUGAGAUAGAGACUCCUUCUUUGAAGUAUCUAAAGCUUGAUGAUCAGAAUAUUAUGGAACACGAAUCUGAUAUUACGAAUAUGCCAAAGUUGAAUGAAGCAUAUGUUGAUCUUGUUUCACAUGAUCUCAAGAGUGUUAUUGGAACAGUCACAUCUGUCAAGCGUCUUACUAUAUGUUCACCGGAUAAUGCGUAUGGUGAUGAUUUAGUUUUCAACCAGCUUCAACAUCUGACGCUAUGUGUUUGCAAAAAUGAUUCGUUGAAUGUCCUUGGCCAAUUGCUCAAAGAUUCUCCAAACUUACAAGUGUUAGACAUCUGUGUAAUAGAAGGUCAUUGGACUGAUGAGAUGGUUUGCUGGAAUCAACCGAGUUCUGUUCCUCAAUGCUUGUUGUCGAGUCUACAGAUUCUCAGCUGGUCAAGAUACUUUGGGAGACCACAAGAGAGAGAGAUUGCGAUUUACAUCUUGAAGAACGCUUGUUGCUUAAAGAAGGCAACGUUCUUGGCUGAUACAGAGUAUCAUGUGUCAAACCUUGAGAUGAUCAAGGAAUUGACACUUUCUUCUCGAGCUUCAAGCACAUGCGAACUCGUUUUUGUUGAGGAUGAUGAUGAUAGAGAAUUCGAAGCUGAAUCUGAAGCUGAAUCUGAAGCUGAAUCUGAAUCUGAAUGAUCGUGAGGAGAAAAACAGAUUCCGCAAGAAACUUUAAGAAUUGUUCGUAUAAAUUUUGUAAGGGAACCCCAAUUUUCAGACUUGUUCGUUAGUUUGAAGGCGUUGAUACUCAAAUGCAAGUGAUUUGUUUCGAGGAAGCAGAUUC